AUGGAAGUCAGACGAGUUGUUGGACCGAGGACUAGCGUUGCACCGAUACCGUAUAUAGCAGCUGAUGCGUCGACCAAGGCAAAAAGUCUGUCUCGUCAAGGAGAACGAGUUGGACGAAACCUGGACCAAAUCAGACCACUUUAUCUGAAUACAGGGCUCACCAAGCAUGCUAAUGGUUCAGCCUACUUUGAAAGUGGAAAUCUCAAACUAGCUUGCUCUGUAUAUGGUCCUAGACAAGCUAGAAGGCAUCAGCUGCUUCAUGACAGAGGCUAUCUACACUGUGAAUUCAAGUUUGCUCCAUUCUCGUGCACAAAACGACGUGGUUUUCAAAAGGAUGCUCAAGAAACUGAAUUCUCGCGAAUCAUACAACAAGCACUAUCUCCUGCCAUCAGACUAGAAACACUACCCAAAUCAACUGUCGACGUGUUCAUCCAAGUGAUUGAGAAUGAUGGAACAACGGCUUGUCUAGCUGCUGCAAUUACUUGUGCGUCUAUGGCUCUAAUCGACGCCGGUAUUGAAAUGUUUGAUCAAGUUUGCGCUACGUCUGCCUGCUUCUUCAACACUACAAUUGCUGUGGAUUGUGACUUGGAAGAGGAGACAGGUCAAACUGGGCAGCUCAUGGUGUCAUACAUGCCUUCUAGUAAGGAACUCACUCAUAUGGUGUUGAGUGGUGAGGUGGAUGCAGCGUAUUCAGUGGCUGCAGUGGAAAUGUGUAUGGACGCAUGUACGAAAGUGGCUACCCUUACACAGUCCAAGUUGAUCAGUUUAGUCAAGAGCUCAUAG